GGUGCGCCGGUAUUGUGGUGGGAUAUCCUCUGGAUACCAUCAAGAUUCACCUACAGACGCAAGACUUCCGGAAUCCAAAAUACAGGGGAGUCUGGCACUGCUUCCGCACCAUCAUGGCUAAGGAAUCGGUAGCAGGGUUCUACCGAGGCAUGUCAUCUCCAAUGGCGGGGGUGGCAGUGGUGAACGCUGUGGUCUUCGGGGUCUACGGGCAAACCCAGAGACACCUGGGUGACAAAGAGAUAUUCUACUCGCAUUUCCUAGCUGGAGCAUCAGCAGGACUAGCUCAGAGUCCAGUAUGUAGUCCCAUCGAGCUGGCGAAAACCAGACUACAGCUGCAGUCCUCUUCAGGGGUGCGAUACUCCGGUCCAUUCGAGUGCCUGAAGAUCAUCUACAAGAAGGAGGGCCACCGGGGGGUCUUCAACGGCUUGGGGAUAACCUUCCUCAGAGAGGCCCCCAGCUAUGGGGUCUACUUCCUGACCUACGAGCUGCUGACGAAGAGCACCUCCGAUGCACCCAUCUCGACGUUCCGGAUGCUGAUCGCUGGUGGAUUGGCAGGGACCGCGUCAUGGGUCAUCUCGUAUCCGUUGGACGUCAUCAAGUCCAGACUCCAAUCUGGACCCAGGGACCGAUUUUCAGGUCCUGUCGACUGCUACAGGAAGUCUGUCAAGGCUGAAGGAUACUCCUUCCUCUUCAGGGGCCUGGCACCAACGGUCAUCAGGGCGUUCCCCACCAACGCCGCUACGUUUGCUGUUGUUACGUGGACGUUCAGGAUCUUCGGGGAGCAGCACCAGGUUGAGGACGUCAAGGAUGAAAGUCAGGUCCAGGAAGUCCUGAAAAGUCGGAACUUGGAUGAGGAUGAUGCUGAUGGCUGGUGGAGGGGACUACUCGCCAGGUGGAGAACCGAUCAGCUGGGAUCAUCCUUUGGGUUUGACUCCUCCAUGAUCGGCGUCGCAGCUUUGAAUCUCUUGCAAGAUGACACUGGACGGAGGUUUAAAGUCGCGAAUGAUAUCAUCGAGGAGGAUUAAGGCGAUGUGAAAGUGGCGACACGGAUCUUCCGCUUAUAGACUUUUCUCUGACCUGGGUGUGUCGAAUCGUUUCAAUGUUUACAACAUGAAUAUGGGGAAUAUGAGGAAGGUCCUGACACCCAUGGAAAUUCAUUUUUAAUAAAUAUUUUAGAGAUAUUAAUACACAAAUACGAUAAAAACUGAAAUUUCGUUGGUGCCAGGACGUUUCUCAUAGUCUCCAUAUAGACGUUGUAGAGUUUGAAACGAUUCGGCACACUCAGUUCGAAGAAAAGUUUCAUAAAUGAGACCUGUUUGAGGCCACUU